AUGAUGCACUGUGCGGGGUGCGAACGGCCCAUUCUGGAUCGUUUCCUGCUCAACGUCUUGGACCGAGCCUGGCACGCCAAGUGCGUCCAGUGCUGUGAAUGCAAGUGCAAUUUAACGGAAAAAUGCUUUUACAGGGAGGGCAAGAUCUAUUGCAAAAAUGAUUUUUUCAGGCGAUUCGGAACGAAAUGCGCUGGCUGCCUCCAAGGUAUCUCCCCCAGCGACCUGGUGCGAAAAGCCAGGAACAAGGUUUUUCAUUUGAACUGCUUUACUUGCAUGGUCUGCAACAAACAACUUUCCACGGGAGAGGAGCUGUAUAUAAUUGACGAAAACAAGUUUGUUUGUAAAGAAGAUUACACGAACAACAGCGUCAUUAAAGAAGUCAGUUUAAAUUCAGUGUCUUCGUGUACAGACAGAAGUCUGUCCCCAGACCUCCAAGAUCCGGCGCAAGAAGACACAAAAGAAACGGACAAUUCAACGUCCUCAGACAAGGAAACUAACAAUAACGAGAACGAGGAACAGAACCUGGGCACCAAGAGGAGAGGACCGCGGACCACGAUAAAGGCCAAACAGUUGGAAACCCUGAAAGCCGCUUUCGUGGCCACCCCUAAACCCACCCGUCACAUCCGGGAGCAGUUGGCGCAGGAGACUGGGCUCAACAUGCGGGUAAUCCAGGUGUGGUUCCAGAACCGAAGGUCGAAAGAGCGGCGGAUGAAGCAGCUGAGUGCGCUAGGAGCCAGGCGACAUGCUUUCUUCAGGGGCCCGCGGAGAAUGCGACCUCUCGGUGGAAGACUUGAGGACCCUGAAAUCCUGGGGUCAGGGCCGUACAGCUAUUAUGGGGAUUACCAAGGGGACUACUAUGGCCCCGCGGGCAACUAUGACUUCUUCCCACACGGUCCCCCCUCUUCGCAAGCUCAGUCCCCUGCCGAGCCGAGCUACAUCCUGGGCUCCGGGCAGGGGCCCCUGGAGGGCCCCAUGUCUGGCCACCACUCCUCAGAGAACCAACGCUACACGGACAUGAUCUCCCACGCCGACUCUCCCAGCCCAGAACCGGGCCUCACGGGACCCCUGCACCCCAUCCCGGGGGAGGUUUUCACUGGGGGGCCCAGUCCACCUUUCUCCCUGGCCAGCAACUCCAGCUACAGUGCUCCCCUGUCUCACUCUGGCCAGGAGAUGGGCGAAACAGCUGUUUGGUAGAUUAUCUAGUUGACACUGAUACUGGUGCAGUGUUAGAUGUACAGUAGUGAAAAAAAGAGUCUGCUGCCUGCUAUUCUGGACAUGGAAGUGGUUGGAAGUCGUCCCAGUCCACAUAGCCACCAACUCCCCAACCUCUACUCAGCCAAAACCUUUCCAUCGCUCCUAUGAGUGGACUGAAGGAGUUGAAUCUGUUGUAGUUUGGACAAAACACCCGUAAGAUAAGGAAUACGUAACGGCAGGCAUUGUUCCUUCUGAAUUUUCAUGACCGAUAAAUUGCUUUCCGCCAGGAUCUCAGCAAUUGACAGAAAAUAUGUGGAGGACUGAGAAGAACUGCUGUGCAUAUAGUAGGCCCAUUUCCAUCCCCUUUGUUUGUGGUCCACAAGUCUGUUUGAACCAAGUCAGUUUGAACAUUUUAUUGAAAUUAAUUUGAACAGUAUUCUGUUUCCCAGGGCCUUGCAUAAUCCAGGGAAGUGCUUUAAUGUUAAUUAAAGGAAACAUUGUCAAGUGACUAGUUAGCUAAAGGCUUAACCUCCAGGACCCAAAAAAGAGGGAAAGUCACUAAAUGAAUUUGCAAUGUGAAGUAACACCAGGGACAGCAAUGUAUCAAUUAUCUAACUAAUGAAAAUGUAAGGUAGUUCACAUCAGCCACAUAUUCAAUUCAAACUGGAAGAUAGGCAUUGCAGCUAUUUAUAUGUAAAAGGCAUCUCCCUGAUGAACUAAUAAGACCUUGCUUGCAUCUGCUGCCAUUUACAGAGUAAUGUCAAACUGUACAGGAAGAUACAUUAGUGCAGUUAGUAUCCACUGACCCCAUGGUUGGAUGUUUCAUGACCGCCAUAAAACGGGCCUUUCCGAUUUGUGUGGAGUUACAGUACCCUAGUUCCCUUUUGCAAAAUACAUAUAGUAGAGAAGGAAUUCCCCAUAUUCUAUUGACAGGAACUGCAGAUAAUUGUGAAACUGAAAUAAGAACAUAGCAUGACUGUUAAACCUGGCACUUAAAUGCAUUGGUUUGGUAUUUGUAUCCUCCUUUCAAAAAUGGAGACAUACCAACUGUCAUCAGAAGACCACAAAAUGGUGGGCAGUACAGAUUCCUCAAGUGGUCCAAGAAAGUAAUAAUCUUCACUGCAGAGCGAGCUUUGAUGGAAAAAGGUUCCAUAAUGCUUUUCAUUAGUAUAGAGAAAACAACUCUGAAGUGCUUGCUAGGAGAAAAGAGAGACGGCUUCAGUGACUUAAAAAGAACUGUAGCUUUCAUUUCAAAAUCAAAGGUCGCUUUGCAGUGUACGCUUGUUAAUAAAUAUGAUGAGUUCAUCACAAUUUAGCAAGAAUGCUCUUAUACUGACUUUAGCUUAACUUGUCCUAUAGCUUCCUGUCUAUGCUACGACGUUGCUGAGUAUGGAUCUAGGAGUAGUGUUCAUUUUAAACCUGCAAGGCGUUUUUGCUUCUCCUUUCUCAGCUUAUCAUUCAGUAACAUCAUGUGAAGUGAUUGCUUGCUGGGGG